GGAGGAGAGAGGGUUUGGCAGUGAUUCAGAACUGAAGGCCACUCCUCUCUUGUUAUUGAACUCCUUCACUCGGUAGCUCCUCUCUUUCACCAUCAUGGCUUUCACCGGGAAAUAUGAGCUGGAGAGUCAGGAGAACUACGAGGAGUUUCUGGAAGUUUUGGGGCUUCUCAACGCCAAGACCGACCACAAAGUGGUGACGGACGUGGUUCAGGACGGGAACAACUUCACCUGGACGCAAACCAUCCCCAACUGGUCCUGGUCCAAUAGCUUCACCAUUGGCCAGGAGUGUGAGCUGGCGACGAUGAAGGGCCCCAAAUUCAAGGCCACGGUCACGAUGGCCGACAGCAAGAUUUCAAUAGAGUUUCCACAGUACAACUUCACAGCAGAGAUCAUUGAAGAUAAACUAGUGAUGAUCUGCAUAACUCCAGGAGAGAAGGGUGUGACUUUCAAAAGAGUCAGCAAACGGAUCUAACGUGGCGAGACUCAACAUGCAGCAGUGGAAGAGAGGCUGUGGGAGGCAGAGGAACCCAUAAUGAAAAUGUCUCCACCAAUUUAAAAAUGUAUUCACCAUGUGUAUCAAGGAGCAAGUGGGAUUUCCUGGUGCAUACUUUCAGUUUUACUGAAAGAAAUGUAAAAAACAAACCAACCAGGCUUUUUGUUCUGCUGUAUUUCUACAAACCGUCCAACUGGAACAGUAUUCCUCUUUGAUUCAUAAAGAAGAAAAAGUAAUAAAAUCUGUUUUUCAGAGCAGUAAUGACAUUUUCUUAAAUUUGGUUUCAGCUCAGUGAUAUUGAAUUAAUUAUAUUUAUACAUUAAAAAAAACUAUUAAACAUGCUUCAUAUGCAAGUUCCCUAAUCUGAACAUUUAGAGAAAAGAUAAUUUACCAUUAUUGUUAUGGUUAUUAUUUAAUCUCUUGUUUGUUUGAUGGUUAGUAAGAUAAGGACAUAACACCUGGAUGAAAUUCCAUCUUGGUAGAAGGAUGUGGAGUCAGGGAAGAUCCAGAUAAGAUUUUGUAUCCCUUUCUGAUUUAACUAAAGAAGGCUUGGCACCUCCAUUUGACGGCGAAGGUGUGUUGUAGAGGCACGAGUGGAUCACAAACUGCUCCCACACACUGUCCAACUUGCAACCUGUGAUUCAUUAUGCUGCAACGUUUCGGUACUCGACCCUCGUCAGGCAAACCUUUUUGAAAUUUAACAUUUUCACUGUUUUACCACAGAAUCAUUCUUUGACCUUGAUGAAAGAAUCAGGCAUAUUUAGGGAAGUGAUAUCUAUGAGUGUGUGAAAUAUAGUGCAGCUUGUUUGAAUUCAAGGGAACAGUUAGGCCUUGGUCAAGGUAAUGCUCUCUACUGAGUGGCAUUCUAGUUCAAACUAUUUUGGUCUAACCGGAAGCAGCAGGGUAGCGGAUUCCAACUAACAGAUUUGAAAAAAAUCUACAGUCAAUUUGGAUGAAUUAGAGCAGCUGCCGGUGAAUAUACAGUAACUGGUCACUGCUGGACUGAAAGGUUGAGAGGAAAACUUUACACAUCUCUGAAAUUGUGCUGUUGAAUGAAAAACACAAUCACACAAAGACGCAUUUGAGUGUUGAAAUUUAUUAAAGAGAUCUUCAUGUUG